AUGCUUUGGCAGCUAGUCCUUCCCAUACGUACCAAGGUGUUCUCAUUCAGUCAGGAUAUCCCAACUGGUGAGGCUACCAAGGAACAUGCUUUUAUCUGUAGACAAACAAUUGUACCUGGUACAAGAUUGACUAUAAUGGGAAUUUACAACAUAUUUCAAGCUUCAAAUACAUCCACAUCUCACAAAGGAGCAGUUGCUAUUAGACAACCGUAUAUAAGAGUUGUUGGAAUAGAAGAAACAAAUGAAGCUACUCGUGGUCCUGCCAAUUUCACACAAGAAGAGGUUGAAGAAUUUAAGAGAUUUGUAGUAGAAGGCAAUAAUUUACCUGAUGGUGUAAGAUUGAUGGGUGAUAUUAGUGUUUUGCUCUUGGGAUACCCAUCCACUGCAAAAUCACAGCGCGAGUUUUAUCUGGAAGCAGGGGCUAUGGUCUUGGCUGAUGGUGGGGUUGUCUGCAUUGAUGUUCAUAAUAACGUUAUUAUGAACAUAAAGAUUAUAUCUCCUGUAUUGGAUAUGAUACCUAUGUCUUUGGGUAUUAAGCUGGCUGCCCUGGCUUUUAGAAAAGAACUCAUAGAUCUGGAAAAGAGGUUGAGUGCAAAUUUAAGUACUUACAGGGAUACUUUAUUUGAGGAAUGCCUCAGAUUCCUGAAGGAGGUGGAGUUUGGUGUUCGGGAAUCUUCCAAUCGGUUGCAUAGCCCUGGUAACAUUCAGACUAUUUAUGCAGAGGCAACUUCUGUGUUCUUUAAGGUUCUUCAGUCGCAUACAUGCUUGCUUACUUCUAACCAACUUACUAAAGAAAUGGAAAGAUUAUAUCUGAAGUCUCCAAACAAUAGUCUCAUUAUAGAAUAUUUGGAUCUGAACAAAGAAGAUGCAAAAGUUGUUACACUUGAGCUAAAAGGAGUUCAGCCUCAUGUAUGUGGAAUAAUUGUUGUGCACAAUUCACAAGCUGCUUGGUGUCAACAUGGCGAGAAGGAAGGAAAUCUUCUUGCUGUUGCUACUGUUGAAUACAAGGUUGAUCCUGUUACAUGGCCAAUAAUGAUCUUUAGGUUUAGGGUCUGCUAGAAGGAUUGGAGAUUGCAAUUAAGCUUCUAUCGAAGACUUCACGCUAAGGACUUGAUGAAUUUAAGCUAGCAAUGUUUUACUUGAUUUGGACAUGAACCCUAACAUAUCAUAAUUUGGCAUGGCUAUAAGCUUUGGAGGAAACGAGACUCAAGAAAAAGCAAACACACAGAGAGUUGUUGGCACAUAGUAAGCUAGAUAAUGCAAUUGUAUAUAAAUUCUGCUUCUUUUGAGUUCAUUUUUUUAAUAACAUUUACUCACUAUU